CACUGUCCCGGCGAUGAUAUUUAUAACUUACUACGGUUAUCUGGAAUCCAUGGAAAAUCCGUUGUUCACUAGUGUCAGCACUGAACAGUUUCCCACGCACGAAUUACAUUUCCCAGGUGUAGCCAUCUGCAGCAUCAACCGAAUAAGUCGUCGAUCUGCCAUGGAAUUGGCAAGCGAAGUAGUCGCCGCGAAUAUCUCUGAUCGAUCACACGACCAAAUUCUGGACAUGAUCUUGCAACUGGGCGAUCUUUAUGACUCCGAGAUUAAAUUACAGACUCCAAAGCAGCGAAUCGAUCAACUUCUAGCCAUCUUAUACGGUGCAGCUUUCAAUAUCACUGAUGUAAUGAAACGCCUGACGCCAGACUGUGCCUCCAUGCUGUCGAAGUGUCGAUUUCACGACGAGGAACGGAACUGUACCGAAGUGUUCACGUUCCGCAAGACGCAAGACGGCUUCUGUUGCACCUUCAAUUAUGCCACUAAAGGAGACGACACGCCCUUGAGUAGCAUGAUUGAUCACCGAACAAUACCGGUAAAGGUGCAGAAUUUGACUGAGGUCGGAGGGUUGUCUGUGUUGUUGGAACCAUUUUUAGACGAUUACUUCUAUUCUAUCUUUCCCAGCGCAGGUUGGAGGGUAAGUUUCCAUUCGACUGUAUCUUCAUCUCACAUUUUCAAUUUGCUUCAACUUGCUCAAUUCUAUUACGUAGCUGAUAAAAUUCAAAUCUUUUAUCUUUUCAUCGAGUUUAACGUGACGAUCUUCAAUCCGUACGAUUACCCGGAUAUGACUAGCGGGGGCGUGAUCGACUUCCUCGUUUCACCGAAGAUACACCUGAGAAUGGAGGUACAGGCGAUCAUGUCUUACAGCGAGAGGGCUAUCAUACCUUACCCGUUGGAAACGCGAGACUGCGUAUUUCCAGAUGAGAUGACUCCCCUCCGUGCAUUCUACACGUACAGCGACUGCAUCGUCGAUUGCAAAAUCGAGGACAUGUUAAGAAUCUGCGGCUGUGUACCCUUCUUCUUGCCGAAUCGAGGGUCCAGGAAAGUCUGUGACUUGGGAGACGUGCCGUGUUUGUUGCAACACAAAUCUAAAUGGUUUUCCGUUAUACCGCACGAGAAUUUAUACGAAGACAAUGGCAUGGACAAAGAGAAGGUUCUGCUUUGUUAUAAGUGCUAUCCCGAAUGCAGUGCUGUCAAAUACACCGCGAAACAGUUUACCACUGUCUUGAGAUCAAAUCAGGACGUUGUCAAAUUACUGGGUGACACCAAGAUCGAGGAUCAUGCCGCUAUAACUAUAUUCUUUAAUAAGUUUGGUACAACGAGAUUAAGACAAGAUGUUAUCUUUCGUUGGUACGAACUUAUGGGUGACGCCGCUAGUAUUUGCGGCAUUUUCAUUGGUUUUAAUUUAAUCCUGAUCGUUGAGUUCGUCUAUUUCGUCGGGUGUUUCCUUAUCGAGCUCGUAAAGGGCCCGAGCAAAGGCAAGGAGGGGAUAAAAAUUAAACAAACACAGAUACAGACAAUUUAUUGGGGUUCGUUGUACUCAAACGUGAGAACGGUGGAGAACCAACGGAAUCGUAUUCACGGUAACACGCUUUUCGAUAAAACUUUUAUUCUCGUUUGUUCGUGUCAGUUGAAAAGCGUAUUUCAUGGAAAAACAAGAAUUGUUUAGAGACAGGAAACAUUCGAAUGAAAUUAUCUGGUAUGUACGUGUAGGUUCAUCUUGGACAAAGAGCG